AUGGCGAACUUCAAAAUGGUCGAUUUAUUAUUUUACAACUCUUCAAUUAUCAUAAAUUCCAUAAUAAUUUGUAUAAUUUCAACAAUUGUGAAUAUUCUUGGUUUCUUCAUGAUUCUAACACAUUCAAAAAGAGAUAAUCCAACUUAUCGAUAUACUUUAUUGAUUUCGCAAUUACUUUUAUAUUUUGGUCAAUUAUAUUAUGGAAUUGCUAUGAUUAUUCUACCACUUUUCCCAUUUCCUGCAGCAAUUUCAAUGGGAAUUUUGAGAUUUUCGUUUUCACCUCAUUAUCAAGUUGUUAGUUUAGUUUUUGAAUGAAAAUAUAAUUAAUUAAUUAAUUAAUUAAUUCAGGGUAUUUAUGUGUUAUUUUUUGCAAGUUUUAUAUAUUCAUUAUUUGCAAUUCUCAUAGUUCGACUUCGUUUAGUUGUUCGCAGACAAAGUAUUUUCAAUGUGAGCUGGAUUUUUUUUUGUGAGAGACUGAAAAUACAUUUUUUUGCAGAUCAGUGAUCUCACAUACUUCAAAAUUCUAUCGAUUAGUUUUCUUCUCACUGUAGUGUUUACAGCUAUAAUUAUCAAUUAUUUGAGUUGUUCUGGACAUGAAACAUUUUAUUUUUUGAGUUUGGUGAGCUUACAAAGUUUGGGAACUAGGUUUAAAAUUAGUAAUACACUUUAAAAUUCCUCCCACCCAAACAAAUAUUUUUAGAAAUAUCCGGAGUAUCGAUAUUUGAUGAAUACACCUGGAAUUUUAAUAUUUUGCAAUGAAGCAUACCUAAAUAUAUUUCUAGUUUUUUGUAUUAUUGCGAUGUUUCUUAUUCUUCUUAUUUAUAUUUUAAUUAGUUCAGUGAUUCAUUAUGAGGUUAAACAACAAAUGACAAAUAUGAGUAGGACUUUGAGAAAUCAUCAUGAUACUGUUUUGAAGGAUUCUGUUCUUCAGGUUUGUUUUUUGAAAAUUUUUUUUCAAAGAAGAUUUCUUGUCAUUUUUAAAAAUUAGAUAACUUUUGAAUCUUCAAUAAAUGGAAGACAAGGAAAACUCGGAAUUUGAAAAAAACAACCAUGAAAAAAUUAAUCAAAAUGUUCCAAAUAAUUUAUGAGACCGAGAUAACCUGGUCCAAAUUCUUCCAGAUCAUCAUAAAAAUCUCAAUAGUAGUCUGUUGGCCGGUUUGGUUAGUCAUCGAUGUUUUCAUGAAUCCUGAUUACGAUUCUACAAUUAUCACAAAUAUCACUCAUUCAUUAUUCAUUCUUUCUCCAAUUCCAGCAACUUUAGUCAUGAUUUAUCAACAUCCAGAUUAUUGGAAAUGUAUUCGCAAAUUCUUCGGAUGCCCGGAUAAAAAUGCUAGAAGAUCUGCUCUUCAAAAAUCACAAACAACUAUUGGACGAUAA